AUGAAGGCAGCAGAGAUCAGAUUGUCUCUACACAGACCUCUACAGCACAGAGAUCCACACAUGGCUCCUACAAUCACUGCAGCAAUGACCAACUCUCAGGAGCAUCUGACUCGGAGCCACAAGCUCAGAAAGCCUCUGGUGGAGAAGUUACGCAGAGAGCGAAUCAACAGCAGCAUCGAGCAGCUCAAGUCUCUCCUGGGUCCAGAGUUCCUCAACCAGCAGCCAGACUCCAAGCUGGAGAAAGCAGACAUCCUGGAGAUGACCGUUUACUUCCUCAGAAGACUGCAGCAGCAGCAGCAGCAGCAGCAGAAUCCAGCUGUGGGCUCAGCAGCCGUCAAACGGGGCUACUCCAGAUGUGUCCAGGAGGUGGCACACUUCCUGUCCAGUGAGGAUGUGAACGCACAGCAGCAGAGAAGACUGAUGAAGCACGUCAACAAGCUGCAGUCUUCCUCUGAGGAGAAGCUGAGAGAGGCUGACUUCUCUCCUCUGAGCUCUACAGUCCACAGCAGCAUCAGCAAGGACAAGAGUCCAGUCAGCAGCGCCCCCUGGAGGCCGUGGUAGACACCUAAGGACUUUAAUCAAAGUGAAGCUCCAACAACUGUGCUCGUUCUUGUGGUCAUCUCGUUUCCUGAAGAGUCAUUGCAUGCAACUGCAAUUUCUUCUGCUGUUUUUUACUUUUGUAAAAGUUAAAUUGUGUGUUUCUGUGAUAUUUGCAGACAACAGGUCCACUACUAUUUUAACAAUAGUCACUUAUUUCUUAUUCAGAUGUUACUCUGUGAAGUACACGUUAUUAUUCUCACAAUGCUUGUGUAUUGCUGCUAACACAACACUGAUAGCAGACAAAUUGAGACGAGCUUGUUGAUCAAAAGUAAUUUUCUAUUCAGUUAAAGUAGAAUUUCUUGAGCAAAAUAUUUCAGUCCUAUUGGGCUGAGUAAAAUUUGAAAGCAUGAUUUCCUUUUUGUUUGUAUUAGGAAACACAGCUUUGUGUUCUAUGAAUACAAUCAUCUUAUUGAUUUAUCAGUAUGCUAAAUAACUGGAAACUUUUGAACUACAUUCCUGUAGUGUUUUCCAGUGCACAUCACCUACUUGUAUGUAUAUUUGUACAAUGUAAAAAAGAUUGUUGAUCCAUGUUGGGUUUUGAAGUCGGGAAUUGUUUUGACAUAUGUCAAAAAAUGUGAAUCUGAAAGUUUUUUCUGUCAGUAUAAGAUAGUUGGUUCACUGUUUGGACUAAAUGACUCAUGUCUCUUUUGAAGAAAAGAAAGUUCAUGUUCACUUGUCUCUUAUUGAGUUCAUUGUCUUGGACGGCAAGUGUUUACUGUGAUGUAUCAUCACGUUAUUGCCUUUAUGGAGGAACAGA